AUGCUGUACACCCUUGCUGGCGGAGGUACACUCUGCGGAGUGGCUUCCUUGGUGCUCCUCAUUGUCUCCACGGCAACCGACUUUUGGAUGCAUUAUCGAUACUCUGGAUCCUCAGCCAAUCAGGGACUCUGGAGGUUCUGUAUCAAUCGCAAGUGCCACGCCCACACGAUCACCGUCGCCUUCUGGGACGCGACUCGCGCCUUCAUGCUGCUGUCUAUAUUGAGCUGCUUCACCGGUGUGGUGUUGGGACUCAGCACCUUCGCCAACGGAACCAGCCGGAGAGUGAGGUCCGCUGGAAUUGCUCUGACAGUGUCAGCGUUCCUCGCUCUCCUCGCCGUGGCCAUCUACACGGGGGUCACCGUCAACUUCUUCGGCAAGAAGUACCUGGACUGGCGCUUCUCCUGGUCCUACAUCUUGGCCUGGGUGGCCAUCAUCUUGGCUUUCGCUGCUGGAGUGUUCCAGCUGUGCGCCUUUCGGAGGAACACCGGGGAGCCAGCGCCCCCCAGCAGCGCCAACAGCUAG